GGACCCGGCCGGACGCGGCCAGGGCGAGAGGCCCGAGGGCGUUCGUGUGGUUCCCAGGCUGGGCCCCCGGCCCCUUUGGCGGGGGAAACAAAGGCCUGAGUGGGCCUGUGCUGCCCACCCUCUCUCCUGCUGCAGGCCCACGGAGGGCCAUGAAGGUGCUGCUCCUCACAGCGCUGGGGGCCCUGUUCUUCGCCUACUAUUGGGACGACAACUUCGACCCAGCCAGCCUCCAAGGCGCCCGCGUGCUGCUGACGGGGGCCGGUGCGGGUGUGGGUGAGGAGCUGGCGUACCACUACGCCCGCCUGGGCUCGCACCUGGUGCUCACUGCCUACACCGAGGCCCUCCUGCAGAAGGUGGUAGGGAACUGCCGGAAGCUGGGCGCCCCCAAGGUCUUCUACAUCGCGGCGGACAUGGCCUCCCCCGAGGCGCCCGAGCACGUGGUGCAGUUUGCCCUGGACAAGCUGGGCGGCCUGGACUACCUCGUGCUGAACCACGUCGGCAGCGCCCCAGCCGGCACACGGGCCCGCAGCGCCCAGGCGACACGCGGACUCUUGCAGUCUAGGCCCCGCCCCGGGCUCCGCCUCCGCCUGGUGACUCGCGGUCGCCGCCUGCAGGUGAACUUGCUGAGUUACGUGCAGCUGACUUCGCGGGCGCUGCCGAGCCUGACUGACAGCAAGGGUUCCCUGGUGGUGGUGUCCUCGCUGCUCGGCCGCGUGCCCACGUCCUUCUCCGCGCCCUACUCGGCGGCCAAGUUCGCGCUGGACGGCUUCUUCGGCUCCCUGCGGCGCGAGCUGAACGUGCAGGACGUGGAUGUGGCCAUUACCAUGUGUGUGCUGGGACUCGGGGACCGCGCCCCCGCCACCGAGGGCGUCAGGGGCGUCACGCGGGCCAAGGCGGCCCCGGGGCCCAGGGCUGCCCUGGCGGUGAUCCGUGGCGGGGCCACGCGCGCCUCCGGAGUCUUCUACCCGUGGCGCUUCCACCUGCUGUGCCUGCUGCGGGGCUGGCUCCCGCGCCCGCGGGCCUGGUUCAUCCACCAGGACCUGAACGUCUCGGCUGCGGCUGCCGCCUGAGCCCCGGGGUGGGGCCCCUCACCUUCCAGAGAGGGGCGCUCCGCCCGGGACACGAACAGAGACACCUCCGAGAGGGUGGCUGCAGCCCGAGAUAGAGCCAUCAGCACAGAAACGCAAAACCAGGAAAAACCGCCAGCACCUGGACCUAGUCUCAGCUGUGGCUGUGAGCGCAGCCCGUUGUGCUAGGCCCUUGUCCGGGACUUGGAAGGCGCCACCGCCGUCUUCGUGGCCGUCAUCGAUGACAUGAUUACUGCUUCCAUUUGCAGACCAGGAGACUGAGGUUCAGGCAGGUGACGUGACCUGCCCCGGGUCACGCCACCCCUGGAGCCCUCUCCAUGUCCCAUCUGAACCUCUGAGUCCUUCAUUUACUCUUUCCACUCAUUCAAUCUGGGAGCACCCCCCACCCCUGCCGGCUUCCCCCAGCUGGGGUCUCUGGUGCGCUUGACACCCCCGGGUACACACGUGUUAGAGGAGGAGGAGGGAAAGAGCGUGUUGUGGGCCGGACCCAGC